AAAGAUGCCGACUAUCAAACAGAUCUCAGUCGUAUCAGUGCGCACUGGAAGGGUUUUAUUGAUUCCCAAGCUGGAAUAGCUUACUAUCGAAUCGGGCUUGGCACAAAGGCUUACUUAGAUGACAUUGAACCAUUUGUUGAUGUUGGGUUAGUUGAGGAUAUCACUUGGCAUUCACAAUUCAUUACUGGACAGAAGUAUUAUACAACAGUAGAUGCAUGUAAUUAUGCCGGUCUCUGUGUAACCCGUGUAUCUGAUGGCAUAGUUAUUGACAAUUCGCCGCCGAUACAAGGCCUUGUUCAGAUCGGAUCAGACGAAUUUCAUCGAAAAUUCCAAUCACAUACGUCCUCUCUACAUGUCAGAUGGGCAGGUUUUGAUGACCCACAGUCUGGCAUUGAUCGCUAUGAUAUGUGUAUUGGAACCAAACCCGGCAACUGUGACAUUUUACCAAACACAAACUGUUUAUUACAGUCUAAUGUCAUCAAAACCGGUCUUAACCUUCCACCUCAAACUGAUUUGUAUGCAACGGUCACUGCUUACAAUAACGUUCGUUUGAAUGUCAGACAAACAUCUGAUAGCUUUUUUGUCGAUGCAACACCACCUAUUACGUCAAUCAAACCAACGUUCGUGCUUGAAAACAACAACAUUGCCGGAAAGGAAGGACAAUGGGAUAAAUCAGUUAUUAGAAUAUACUGGAAAUUUGAUGAUGACGAAAGUCCAAUUGCAUAUCAUGAUGUCACACUUAAGACACAUCACGAAGGACACACCCCAGUGGAGCAUGUAAAACUUGGACCAGAAAAUGAAUUAACCAUAAAUUUAGAUGGCAAAUCGUGGCUUCAUAACGGUGAUACGUAUUUUGUUACCAUUACAAGCUGCAAUCUAGCUGGCCUUUGUUCUUCCGAAAGAAGUGAUGACCUCAAAAUUGAUUCAUCUCCGCCACACCUUGGAGGUUUUAAACCACCAAUGCUAUGGGAAAACCUGAAAAGCUCCUUUGGAGAAUGGAGGUCAAAUAUAACAUUAUCAUGGUAUGGAUUCCACGACCAGGAAUCUGGUAUUAUAAGGUAUUUUAUCACCGUCAGAAGAACAUACAGUGGCCACGAACUGACCAGUGGCGUAUCUACUGUUAACGUGGAUGGUUCUGAAAUUGAAAACAAACAUUCCUUUCUUUUAAAUGAAAAUUUAGAAAGAGAUGAUACACUCUUUUUGACAAUAUGGGCUGAAAAUUCUGUUGGUUUGAACAGUUCAUUAGCACGCGUUUCCGUAACCGUUCUAUCUUCAUCAAGUAUACUUGAUACUGCUGACCUUAAGGGAUCACUUGAACUGGAAAAGCAUUCAUGUGAUAUUCACUACUGCAAUAAAGAUUGCACUUGUGCAGUAGUUGGAAGACCGUGUGUGGAAGCUAAAACUAACAUUAGUUGUAAAGAAGUAGAUGGGUCUGUUUCCAGUCAUUUAAUUCCACACAUUGACGUGUUUAAUGGAAUGAAUGGAAUGUCUCCUAAUAUAACUGCGUCCUCUGCUUGCUUAGCUGGGAGUUGGAGGGUAAAUGACGAAAUUGGUAACAAAAACAUAACACGUUUUGAAUGGAGUAUGGGUUUACAAGACCAGCCCGUUGGAGAAGGGAUAUUUGACUUUAAAAACGAAAGGCCUUGGAACGAUGUCGGUUUGCAAAAGCAUGUCGUACAUUGUCUUCCUGUAAACAAAACACUCAUUGCAGGGGAAAAAUACGUCAUUUAUGUUCGAGUUUGGUUUUCAGGUAGUGCAUAUGCCAUUUAUCGAUCAGCUCCGAUCACAGUUGACCAAACGGCGCCAUCAAUAAGGCGAGGUCGAUCUGUAAAUGACUCUAAUGAAUUAUGCGAUGCCGAUUUUGACGUAAUAGAUUUGAUGGAUAAAAUUACUGCUUGUUGGGCUGGCGUCUUCCUUGAACAGCCAGGACAUGUCAGAUAUUACGUUAUAUCAUUAGGAACAUACCCUUUUGGUGAGGUUAAGAAUUUGUUUUCUUAA